UAUGCAGCUAUGCAAAGGUGGAAAUACCAUAGGUGCAGCUUCCCCUGCACCAGUUUAACUUCCGCCUGCAACUUUUCAAAGCACAGCAGGCCUGAGGAAGAAGAGGUGGAAAUCCAGAGAGAUCCAUUCCCAAGGUCAAGAGGAGCGCUUUAUCCUCGGAGUCUCAUUUCCCGAGAGAUGAUUCAAGGGUUAAACCAACAGAGCGGCGUAUCACAGAGAGGCCCAGAAAUCUGAGAAGGAAGCUGUGCAUUGCUAAGGCCCUUUCCUGUACCUGGUUCUCUCCCCCACCCACCCCCCGCGCCCUUCAUUCCUAGCCUUUGGGCAAUUUGAAUUGCAGAGAUUCCUAAAAAGGGAGCUUGCAUUGUAGAGGCGGCUGCUGCUGCUGCUGCUGGAGAGAGGGUGCAUUCAUACCUUUGUUUAACAACCUUCCCGGAUGAGGCUGCAGUGAUUCUUCCUCCAAGAAAUGGAGAACUGGGUCAGAGAACGUGGCCCGGAGAUCUGUGCCCAAGUUGUGGCCCUGGCGGAGGAUUUCCUUUUGAGGCAGCGGGAGAGUGAGAGAUGGGAGCAGCAGCAGGCAGUGGCCACACAUCUUUCCGACACAGAGCAGGCUCCAUCAGAUGCUGAACAGGAGCGGCACUUGAAGCAAGAGAAAGAUGAGGAUGCAGUUUCACUUGCAGGUGAUGGGCAGGUGAGUGAGAAUGAGGAGGAGAACCUUCCGUUGGAGGAUUCGGAUCCAGAGGAGCCAGAUGCGGUGUCCAUGGGAGGAGACAACUGGAGCAUGUCUCAGUUCCAGGUGAUGGGAGAAACAUCUGGCAGACAACAAGGGUCUGACAGACAUGACGGAAACUUCCCAGAGAACAGAACAGACAUACCAAUCUUGCCUUACGAUGAAGGCAAUUGGGAUCUGAAAGAACCCAGAAUCCGGACAAGAAUCUAUAAGUAUGGGGGACUGAAAAUGUGUUCGGACUGUGGGAAGACCUUCAAGCAGAGCUCAAGCCUGUACAGACACCGGAGACUCCACACGGGUGAGAAACCUUAUGGCUGUCCGGAAUGUGGCAAGAGCUUCAGCCGGAAGUCACACCUUAUAGCCCACGAGAGGACCCACACAGGAGAGAAACCCUACGACUGUGUGGAGUGUGGCAAGAGCUUCAGCCGGAAGUCACACCUAACCACUCAUGAGAGGAUCCACACAGGAGAGAAGCCAUACAAAUGUGGGGAGUGCGGGAAGUGUUUCAGUCAGAGUUCAGCCCUCGUGGCACACGAAAGAUCCCAUACUGGAGAAAAGCCAUUUACGUGCCCAGAUUGUGGGAAGAAUUUCCAUCGAAGGUCGGGCCUUUCAGCACAUGAAAGGACCCACACGGGAGAGAAACCGUACCGGUGCACAGAAUGUGGGAAGAGCUUCAGUCAGAGCUCAGGCCUUUUAGCCCAUGAGAGAACACACACAGGAGAGAAACCAUAUCGGUGCACCGAGUGUGGGAAAAGCUUUUGUGAGCGCACAGCCCUCGUUAGACAUUUGAGGACCCACACAGGGGAAAAACCGUAUACUUGUGCUGAGUGCGGCAAGAGCUUCAGUCAGAGCUCGGGCCUUCUGGCGCAUGAGCGAACCCACACGGGAGAGAAGCCCUACAAGUGCUCGGACUGCGGGAAAAGCUUCGGCCAUCGCUCUGACCUUCUCAGGCAUCAGCGAAUCCUUAAAAGGGGGAAGCCGUAUAAGUGCUCGGAGUGUGGGAAAUGUUUUGGGCGGGGCUCUGAUCUUCUCCAGCAUCAACAAAUUCACACAGGAGAGAAACCGUAUAAAUGCUCUUAUUGUGGGAAAUGCUUCAGUUGGCGGUCAAACCUUAUUAAGCAUGAAAGAAUCCAUACAAGAGUGAAAAUGUAUAAAUGUGCAGUCUGAACACAAAAAGUGAUGGCCGUUGCUCCCAUCUUCAGGCAGAAAAGAAAAUCCAUGUGGGAAGGAUGCUGUGCAGAUAUUCAGACUAUGAAAAUCAGCUGAAGUUGGAAAUUACUCCUCUUCUUCACCUAUAUUGGGAGCAUUUUUUUAGUUCAACAAAUUCUUAACUGCAGGAGCAGCUUCAACAUUGGGUCAGGUGUUACUAAUGCUCACAGAAUCUAUGCUGGAGAAAUGAAUUUAUAAACUGCCUUAGCUGCGCUGGAAUCGUCUACUCAUAGCACUGCGUGGUGUAGUUAGCAGAGAAUCCCAUGUCGUUGCUGGGUGGGGGGGAAUGUUGGUAGAAUUUUAGAACUGGUAGGAACUUUGUGUCAGUCGCCUAGUCCUUUGCAAAGUAUCCACUGCAUCCCCCUUUCCACAGAAUCAUAGUGUGUCAGAGUUGAAAGGUAUCUUGGAGGUCUUCUAAUCCAACCCCUUCUUCUGGGUGGGAAACUGCUGUAACAUCCCCUGAUAGAUGGCUGUCCAGCUUCUGUUUGAAAACUCCAGCAAAGGAGAGCCCACCACUGCACAAGGUAGACUGCUCCACUUUCAAACAGCUCUUACAGUUGGUCAUAAAUUCUAAUGUUUAGCCUAAACUGGCUUCCUUGUCAUUCCAACCCAUUGGUUAUAGUCCUGCCUUCAGGAACAACAGAGAAUGUCUGCCAAAGUGAAUGGCUACUUUGCUUCAUUCAUACACAUGAAGUGAGGCAAAGGAGGAUGCAAAGUGCAUAUACCAGAGCACUCAAACUGCAGCCCUCUUGUUGUUGGACAAUAACUCCCAUCAUCCCCAGUCAUGAUGACUAAUCAUGCUAGCGAUUGUGGGAAUUGUGGGACAAGAUCUCCAUUAUGUUCAAUGCACAUAAAAUCUGUGCACUGUGUAUGCACAUACAGAUCUGUGCAUAAAUACAGUUAUUCACAUGUUAUGUCCCAUGCAUGUACAGGAGUACACUUCUUAUCUGUAUCUUGCACUUAAGGACACCUGUUUCCAGGCUGGUUUUUAAAAUGUACACAUGUAUAGUCAUUUACACAAAAAGGUAUACAUGUGUGCAGAUAGCCUGGUGUCUGUAUAGGGCUAAAAAAAUGUGAGAUGCAGUGCUUGGAACAGCAACCCUCAUUCUGCCAUGCUCACAGGGAAAUCCCAACAAUCCUCCUCUCUGGGUGACCAUGACCUGCAAGGACAACCCAUUUCUCCUGCAAAUGUUGUAAAGAAACAGCUUGGAAAACACAAUUGCUGAGUUAGGAGGCUGGAAUGCUUGUGUGUUCCUGUGAUCAAUUUCUGUUUUCCAGGUUUGCUUUGUGCAGGAAGAAAAGGAAAAAGAAUCCCAGAAACUCAAGGCUCAAACAGGAUUUUAAGGGGAACAAGUCUUGCAUCAGUGACUUCUGUUAACUCAUUGUUUGUUUAUAACUUUUACUAUGUCUAGAUUACAUGUUAGAGCAGGGAUGGCCAAGCUGAGGCUCUCCUGCUGUUGCUGACUACAACUCUCAUCAUCCCCAGUUGUAAUAAAUUGCAGCAGAGGUAAUGGGAAUUGUAGUCCAUCAGCAGUGGGUGAGCCUUGGCUUGGCCACUCUUGCAUAAGAGGAUUCACGCAGGCAGUGCAAAGCUGCAGUUUACACCAUGCGCUAGCAUAGAAGAUAUGUUGAGUUCCUCAUUGCCUUUCAUAUCCUACAGCAUUUCAUGUCUUCUUGGGGUUGAUGCUCCUCAAUUCAGAAACUGGGAGUUGAGAGGAUAUGAAGUUGCCCGAAUAUUCUUGUGCUUAGAAAAAUAUGUAACAGUUGUCAUAUCCUUAUUCUAUAAAAUUAUAUUUAAAAUCCA